AGCUGUAUCUAUAACAUUUGGGGAAUAUUGUUGUAUAUUGGGAUUCACUCCCGUUGCAGGCUAGUGGCUUGUUACGAAAUGGAUAUGUGAUUCAGAAGUCAGUGAAUAUUGAGAUUAGUCUGCUUGUAGUUGUGGUUGAAGUUGUAGUGUAUAUAGAAAAUACUGCUGGAGAUAUAAAAUAAAUUUUGGAUAUUUUUGUGUUUAUGUAUGUGAUAAUUUUUAUUAUUUGAACUGUGUCUGUGAUAUAUUUGUGAUUAUUCAAGUAUAAACUGGAUUGAGUGGCUUAAUUUGAGAUAAAUUCCCAACAAUGACUACUACCAAACAAGUACCAUACCAGUAGACUAAAAAUAAACAUCCAAAUUUCCAUGACUAGCUAGUACUAACAAACCAUAAAGAUCUCCAGAACCGACCCUUGGAGCUUAAGAUGGAGCUAGCCCACAGUCUACUGUUAAAUGAAGAUGCCCUGUCUCGGAUACCGGACAACAAGAAGAAUGUGUUUGUAUUUGAAUGGCUGCGAUUCCUCGAUAAAGUGUUGGCUGCUGCACAGAAGUCUGACAUCAAAGAGAAACAAAAGCGCCUUGUGGAGCAACUGAUCAGUCAAAUCAGCGAGUCCCCGGGUCCACCAACCAGAAAGCUUCUUGCUCGUUGCCUAGCAACACUCUUCAUUGUUGGAGACUCAUUUGCUAUGUUUGAUGCAAUCAACAAGUGCAAUGAACUAGUCAGAAGUAAAGAUGACUCACCAAGUUACCUCCCAACUAAAUUAGCAGCAGUUGCCUGUCUGGGCGGGAUAUUUGAGAAGAUGGGACGAAUGACGGGCCGAUCAUAUGAAGAGACAGUCCAAUCCCUGAUUAAGUCACUCAAAUCUGCAGAGUCCCAGUGUCGGAUGGAGACCAUGUUAACGCUAGAGAAGAUUGUCCAGGGUCUGGGCUCCGCGGGGCUCAACUCAUUCAAAGAUGUAUAUAAGGCAGCUAAGGCUGCUAUGACAGACAGGGCUAUGGCUGUCAGGACCGCUGCUGCUAAGUGUAUGUACCAACUAGUUAACGAAGCUCCCUUCAUGGCAACCACAGAACUAGAAACAGUUGUUUCCCUGUGUUAUCGAGCCCUGGACGGCUCAAACUACGAUGCCCGAUAUGCUGUUGCAGAAUUGUUAGGCAACCUCUCUGCCACGGCUCUCAAUCCCAGACCUGGCUUUACCCCAGCACGGAGCAAACCAGUCAAGUUAGAAGACGUGCUCAGUCUGUUAUCGGCUGGUUUCCUGCGCGGUGGGUUCGGUGGAACCCUCAUCAAGGGAAGUAACCAGGUCAACAGGGAGAUCAGAGUUGGUGUCACACAUGCCUAUGUUGAGUUCACCAAAUGUAUGGGAGGUCUCUGGCUGGAACGAAAUAUCUCCAUGUUCCUUAACCAUGUCCUUGACCUUGUGGCCAACCCUCGGGCAACACCCACGCACGUGGAUGCUGUGUAUGCGCGGAAAUGCGUCUCUUUUAUCAUACGCUCGGUGAUCGGGGGAAUGCUUGGGGAAAAGGCACAGAUUGCAGCAGCCAAAGAGAUCUGCCAGAUUAUUGUAAAGCAGAUGAAGGUUAUAGGUGACGCCAGUGCAGAUGGGUCUGACAGUAAGCAGACUGCGGAGAUCACAGGUAGCCAGCACGUGUUGGUGUGUGCACUACAUGAGCUUGGAUGUCUCGUGCUCAGUCUAGGGACUUCUGCCAGUCCGCUUGUGGCUGAACCUGCUACAGGAAUCAUAGAGCCUGUGGUCUCUGUGUUGAUCCACCCUAGUGCAUCUGCCCGUCUGUCUGCAUCCUGGUGUCUGGGGAGUAUAUCGGUAGCCCUGCCUUCCCAACUCACUCCGCUGGUUGACAGGUGCUUGGAGAGGAUGAAUAAGCUGAAAUCAUCACCGGAGGCUGUAUCGGGCUAUAGCAGUGCCCUCGCCGCAUUACUGGGGCGUGUGUAUCAGUGUCCACUGGGUAUUCCACAUGCCAAGGGAAAGCAAAUCUUCAACAUAGCUGAGGAGCUGUUGCGUACUGCAUCACAGAACAGUCGUCUCUCAUUACAACGGACCCAGUCUGGCUGGCUUCUACUGGGAGCACUUAUGACUCUUGGUGCCCCAGUUAUAAAGGGCCAUCUGCCCCGCAUGUUGCUGUUGUGGAGAAAUGCAUUCCCCCGUUCUGUUAAGGAACUGGAAUCAGAAAAGGCGCGAGGUGAUACAUUUACCUGGCAAGUGACUCUGGAGGGCAGGUCUGGAGCCCUUGGAGCCAUGUUGAGUUUUCUACAGCACUGUCGAGAGCUGAUUACAGAAGAUGUGAUACGCCGUCUCCUGGCUCCACUUGAGUGUACACUAACCAUGCUAGCACAUAUGCCAGCUGUGAUAAAGAUGUACGGCAGUCACCUGAAGGCAAGUGCGGCCAUGGUCAGACUGAGACUGUACGACGUCCUGUCUAUGCUGCCCCCACAGUCCUAUGAGGGCACAUAUACUGGUCUACUAAGGGAGCUAGUGGCAGAGUUUACACUGACUGAUAACCCAGCUAACACCACCACAUCUCUGCUCCGUGCCAUGUGUCAUGUGGAUGACAGUGUGAUUCUCGGCUCUUGGCUUCAAGAAACAGACCAUAAAGCUGUGGAAGAUCAGUUUGAGCCCAAUCGUAGAGUCGAUUAUAGUUAUCUUCAGCCAAACAGCGCAUCAGGCUCAGGUGCCUUAGAACAUGACGCUCACUCACUGUUCAUCAGAUGCCCUGUGAGUGACCCAAUCCCGGGCCCUCUGCCCCUGGGUGUGGCUGUGAUUGACAGCUCUGUGCGCCUUUAUGGACUGAUCUUUCCGCGAGUGGCCCACAAACAUCGCUACCAGAUGCUACAGCACUUCAAUGAAUGUAUUCGACAGGCCAAGUCCACGAGACAACAGGCCGUCCAGAUGAAUAUAUUCACUGCUGUCUUGUGUGCAUUGAAGAGUCUGUCUGACACAAAAACAAAACUGGGACCUGAUGAAGUAAAGAAAGCAGCCUUUGACCUUAUAUUGGGAGCUUUAAGCAGUACCAACCCAAUCCUGCGAUGUGCUGCUGGAGAAGCUUUAGGCCGUAUGGCACAGGUUGUAGGGGACAGCAAGUUUAUAGCAGAGAUGGCUCAGUACAGCUUUGACAAGUUGAAGUCAGCCCGUGAUGUUGUGAGCCGUACAGGCAACUCGCUAGCCCUAGGUUGUCUUCACCGCUAUGUUGGUGGUAUGGGAUCCGGUCAACAUCUCAACACAAGCGUUUCCAUACUGCUGGCCCUAGCACAGGACUUCAAUUCUCCAGUUGUACAGGUUUGGGCCCUACAUGCCCUGGCGUUGAUAGCAGACAGUGGUGGCCCAAUGUUCCGAGGUUAUGUGGAACCAACCUUGUCCCUGGUGCUACAGCUGUUGUUGACAGUUCCCCCAUCCACUGUGGAUGUCCAUCAAUGUCUGGGGAAGUGCCUGUCUGCCCUUAUCACUUCCAUAGGACCCGAAUUGCAAGGCAACAGUGGCUCCAUAGCUACAGCACGUUUGUCAUGCAUGGUUUGCUGUGCAAUCAUGCAGGACCACAGUGACUCCCUCGUGCAGGCAGAGGCUGUGUCCUGUCUUCAACAAUUACACAUGUUUGCACCGAGACAUGUGAAUCUUGGGACCCUGGUGCCGCACCUUUGUGAGAAGUUGAUGAGUUCCCACCUCCUGUUGAGGAGAGCUGUGGUAGCAUGCCUGAGGCAGCUGGUCGCUCGUGAAGCUAAGGAGGUCAGUGACCAUGCCCUCAACCUUGCAUCAGACGAUGUCACAAAAGACAGUGGCAGAUAUGGCAUAAGUGAGUCUGGCCUCGAGGGUCGUCUGUUUGCCAUGUGUGACACGGAAGUGGACGGUAAACUUAUCUCGGAUAUCCAGGACACACUUGUGAGCCUGCUACAGACCCUGGCCACUAAGAGUCUAACACGCUGGCUGAACCUGCUGAGGGAAAUAUUGUCUACUUCAACUGACUCAAGCAGCAGUCCCAUGGAAGAAAGCAUGACAGACAAGGGAGAUGAUGAUGAGGAUGAGGAUGCCGUUAAUGAUGCGGAGGAGUUCACUGCCCCUGAACAAGAUGUCACACAUCCUACUGUUGCUCCCAGGUGGCCUACGCGAGUGUUUGCGACUGACUGUCUCCGUAAGAUCAUCGUGGCGUGUGAGGAGGAUCCCAUACACUUUGACCUGGAAGUUGCUAGGGAGGCCAAGGCUAAAGGGAAGACAAAAGCUGAUUUCCUGGUGUUGCAUGUGUCGGAACUGGUCAGGAUGGCAUUUAUAGCUGCCACAUCAGACAGUAACCAGCUACGCUUGGGCGGUCUGGCAGCUCUAGAUGACAUCAUUACAAGAUUCUGUGCCGUGCCAGAGCCAGAAUUCCCAGGGCAUGUCAUACUGGAGCAGUUUCAGGCACAGGUCAGUGCAGCCUUGAGGCCAGCUUUCUCACCUGAAACUCCCUCAGAUGUGACAGCCGCCGCUUGUGAUGUAUGUAGCACAUGGAUCGGCAGUGGGGUGGCCCGGGACUUGAACGAUCUACGCAGAGUGCAUCAACUGUUGGUUUCCUCCCUUGGCAAACUGAGCUCCAAGAAAUCCCAGUGUGCCCUGUAUAACGAGGCCGCAUCAACUAUGGAGAAAUUGGCUGUUCUCCGUGCAUGGGCUGAGGUGUACAUAGAAGCUGUUGGCCGGGAGAAUUCUGUUGAAGAGAUGAUACGAUCCACAGAUGAUGACGAAUUGAACAAUUCAGGGGAGAGCCUUCUGACGCUGGUACAGUCGGAGUUGCCUACCCUUUCACAGAACUGGUUUUAUGCUCUUAAAGACCAUGCCCUCCUGUCACUGCCCCAAGAAUACUCAAACCAGUUACCAUCAGAGGGUGGAGCUUUCUAUCACGUUGACACCAUGAGUGCAGCCCGGAUCCACUACCGUAAAUCAUGGCCGUCAAUCCUGCAUGCAUUGGCCAUUUGGCUGAAGGAGGCUGGGUUUGCCAAGCUAAAUAAAGGAACCGAUGAGAGUGGAGAAGCCACACCGCCUAAUGCACCAGCCAAUCUGUACUCAGAGGAGGCAAAUGCUGAGAGGCUAUAUCUCAUCAUUGGUACCUGUGUGGAAGCUAUGUGUAACACCACUUACCAUCUCCCAGAGAACACAGCCGAGACAUGUCUACACGCCAUACAUGCUCUGCUGGAGUCGGCCUGGGCACGUGCACAGGUCGCCAAAGAUCCCGUGCUCUACAGGGAACUGCUUAAUGUCAUGCAUAGAGUGUUUCUGAGCCAUAACGGUGUGAAAGUCCACCUUGCGGUGAUGGACGUGGUUAAAUGUGUCAUCACAGCUGCACAGGAACAUCUCGAGUUCUUGGCACAGACAGAAGAAUCAAAAUCAGAGGCAUUAGAAGCAGCCAAAGAUGUUAAGAAGAAAGCGUUACUACCUCCUGGUGGAGAGGGUGGGGAGUCAGGGGAGAUAAUUCCAGGACAGUCAAUUGUGUUUGCCACGCUUGAGGUGUGUCUGGGUGUUCUGUCUCGUCGUGUGCCUUCCCUCAACCCAGCCAGUCAAAAUGCGGGCUUCCAUGGGAAGACGAGUCCCAGAGUUUUGACGGAGGAUGUGGCCCAGUUAUUGGCCACUGUGGUACAGACCCUCACCGAGCUGCCCAGUCUCUGUUCUCUGGCUGGCAGUCUAUCCGUGCUUCCAACUGUGUUUCACCUCACCAUGGGCCUACUGCGGGAAAUGUCUCCUCGCGAGACAGAGAACCAUGCCACCUUGGUUGUGACAACAUGUAUCAACUGCUUUAAGACUCUGCUUAGUUCCCGACGGUAUGACGGGGAUAAACGCCUGUCAGACUGGCACCGCCUAGUGAACAGCUGUAUGGCCUCAGUUAUCAGGCGAUCUGUACCAGAGGGUGACUACCCAGGUAUGGAUGAGACAACACUGCUGUACACUGUUACUGUGUUCAUCAUGUGCGCACCUCAGAUUGUCAACCAACACAAGGUGCUGGUACAGUCAGCUAUCAAGGCCUUCCUAGACUGCUGGAAAUCACAACAUAUUGCUGUGAGAUUGAAAUGUAUUCAGUUAUUCACAACGCUAGUGUCCAAGAUCAAACCUGAAGACUCCAUGCCCUACAUUCACAUUAUGGCCCCCCAAAUCAUCGAGUACUUGUACAGAGCCAGCAGCCAGAAACCAAACACUGAGAUGGAGCGAGACCUGCUGCUCAACUGUAUUAACACAUUUGAGAUGCUAAUUGGAGUUGCGGAAGAGAGUAAAAGACUCACCCUGCUGACAGUGUUCCUUCCCAUCCUUGUAUCCUACCUGCUAGAUGAGAAAACCCUCCAGGCAGCCGACAAAAUCAGCCGCAAAAUACACGACGAAAGCCUUGGCCAUCUGAUGAAGAUUGGUCCUGCGUACCCUGCCCAGUUCCGCACCAUCAUGACCAGCCAAGUGGAGCUGAAGGCUCGACUGGAAGUGGCGAUCAAACUUAACCAGGAGACAAAGUCAGCCAUGCUGAAGGCCCAGGAGAAAGCGAAAGUUGCAGCACUACCUGUCAAGCCUACCAUAACUUUGAAAACGGAUUUCAGUAGCUUUGCAUAGUGUCAAAUAAUAUUUCAGAUCAUUUACACUGUAGGCAUUGGGUAAAUGUAGCGGUUUAUAUGUUUGUACUCCGCAGCAACUUUUUAUCCGAUUAGUUAUUUAUUUUACAACGAUUGUGAAAGAAGUUGUUACAACAUUAUGUUAAUCACUCUUAUUGGCACGGUGUGAUGUGAGAGUGUGGUCUUGUACUGUGGGGGAAAAUGGAGUACCCAGAUUAGUCAUUCUCUAAGUCCUUAAAAGCAUGGUCGGUAGCCAUGAUUAACCAAACAAAAUAAUCAUCCUACAUAAAAUAAUCUGUGAUGAACUCACAUACAUGAUGAUACAUUUAUACUGUUCUCACACUGUGGACCAUUCAUUGGAAUAUAUCCAUAGUAUUAAAACUCAUACGGUAUAGGUUUAACGCGAAAUACAUGUAUAUAUAGUAAUAUUUUUUCCUUUUUGUGUCGCCUGCUUAAUAUGGCAGAAAUAUAGGUAGCAUUCUGUCUACCAUCUUCAUACCCGGCCAUACACUUUCAUUUCCGCUCUCUUAUUAUUUUUUUCUACAUUAUUUACAAGACCAUGCAGCAACACUGAUUGCCAUAAUAUUUCAACUGAGUUUGACUUACAGUCAGGUCACUGUAGGCAACCUAGAGUUAUAGCCCUUGAAUUGUCAAAAUAAUGGGCGCUCCUGACAGGUGACACAUCCGAUUCACAGAAUACUUGCUUUAUCAGGUGUGAAAGCAGUUUAUCAUAGACCAUGCUAAACAAUGUAUUGUACAAGCUGAAUAUGUUCUGUGCAGUUAAGUUAUACAUUUACACAUAUAUAUAAUAAUAAUUAUAAUUAAUGUGAAUAUGACUUUAUCUGAAAAGAUUUCAUGAUAAAUGGUGCUAUAAACCAUGCAUUAAGGGCUUGUGUUACUGUUUAAUACAUGCGUCAUUUUGGAAAUAUUUCAUACUUGUAUGUAUAUUUUCAUACAGUGUAUAUAAAAGUGCUUAUUCUGACAUUUUAAGUCUGCGGUUGUACCUUUUAGCAUUUGCCAGAUAGAACAAGGUUUUUACUGCUCUUAUACAACGGUGAUAAACAUUAAAUAGCUUGUAUCUCUCUGAUAUUAAAAGAGCAAAUGUUGAAAGUAUUGUCACUUUUCAUUGUGUUUUUAUUAGAUGAAAACAAAGGACAGUUGUUUUACAAUGAAAUACCACGGGGUUUUAAAUCUGUAUAUUUUGUUAGAUUUGAAAAUGAAAUGAUUGUAUAUUCAUGCUGUAUGUAUAAAGGCUUCCUAAUAGUCUGCAUAUAGGCAUAUUGUUUAUGUAUAUAUACAUGUAGAUGAUAUUAUGUGCAAUAUAUCUGAUAAGUUUUAAACAUUGUUUUUGUAUGUAUAUUUUGAUGUGAGUUUUGUAUUUAACUGGAAUUAUCUGAAUAAUAUUAUUACUUAAACAUAUCCAUCGUUACAUGCUUAAUACAUAUAUACAUGCACAUUUGAAUGUUCAUUUUAAUAUGUAAAAUGCCACUGAUGGACAAAAUUCAGCAUCAUUUUAUACACUAUCAUUUAGAUUUAUGUGUUUUCAACAGUUCUUUAAUGUUAUGAUACCAAAUGAAGAAAAUCAAAUACAUUAAGAAAGUGUCAUAGUAACUGCUUUUUAUUUAUUUCAUGUAUUAAGGAUAUGUAUGACUGAUUUAUAUGUCACUUGUUCAUGCUAUGCAACGAUCGUGGUUAAAUAACUGAAAUUAUAUUACCAGUUUUAUGGCAAAGUUCAAGUAUAACUACCAGUAAACUUCAUUAUAUUUUCUACCAUUUUGUUCAAAUAUAUCCUGGUAAUAUUUCAUGGUAAUAAAACUUGUUGUGUAGUGCUUGAUUUUGUACUUGUGUAGGCAAGAAAAGCUUAUUUUAUGAAUAAAUGAAAAUUGACUAUA